AUGGUCAGAGGUCAGGCCGCGGCCGCCGCGGCGGUGAAGAGCGGGAGGAAAGGCUUUUUGGCUCCGCGAGGGCCGGGCGGCUUCGUCCUCCUCCCGUUCCUGCCGGGCCCCGCCCGCUCCCGCCGUUGCCUAGGAGACUGGAAGCGCACCGGCUCCCUCGCGCCGGGACUCGGGCGGGGCGGCGGCGCGAGCUCGCCGGCGCGGGGCUCCUUCCCGGGAGGCCGGCGCGGCGCGGGGCUUCGCUUCCUCAGCUUGGGCGCGGGGGGCCGGUGCCCAGCCGCUGGGGCGCGAGGUGAGAGCGGUUGAAAGGCCAGCCCGGAGCGAAGGGGAAGGGGAAGGGGCGAGGCUGGGGCUUCACGGCGGCUUCUGCGACUCGGUUUUCAGGGCUGCUGUCAAACUCGAGAGAAACGUUUGCCUCUUGAGCGCCGCCCCUGCUUACUUUGAGAAUAAAAUACGUAAAUGUUUGUGAAAUGUGUUUUGGUUUCAGGGCCCUGUUGCCCAUCCAGUGCCGGAUUUACGUACUGCAUAAGCUAAAGAAGCUAUAUCUUAGGGCCCCACUCUAUUGGGGGAUCCCAACAAAAUUUAAAGGAAAAAAAAUCUGGAUGUACAUUUCCAAAAUAUAAGAUAAAAAGCAAAAACUACAUACAGCAACAGUGUUUUCCCAUACAGUGUUUUCUACAUACAGAAAACAGUGUUUUCUGGGUUUCCCCAGAGUGGCUGGGGAAACCCAGCCAGAUUGGGGGGGGGUAUAAAUAAUAAAUUGUUGUUGUUGUUGUUGUGUAGGCUCCUAUGAUGUAAGUAAUUUAAGAAAUUCAACACAAAAAACAGCGACAAUUUGUUGUUGACAAAGGACAGCUGGACAUAUAAAGGGCCCCAUUACCUUCAGUAGCUUAGGGCCUCAUCAAACCUAAAUACGGCCCUGCCCAUGUUGGGUGUUUGUGGUGGGGUUGGGGUUGGAUCCUGUAGAGUUGUUCGGUAAACCAGGGGAGGGAUUUAUAAAUUGCAUAUAUCAGUAUGCUAUUGUUCUACUGUUGACACUUAACUACUUUUAUGCAUUUUCUUUUUUUAAAAAAUUAGAUGUGAAUAUCCAUGCAUCAUAUCCACAACUUGAAAACAAGAGUAGUUUUCCCCCAUCAGGAAACAGGAAGCUUUAUUUUGACACCCAUGCCUUUGUAUGCCUUCUAGAAGAAAAUGGUAAUUCUUUUGCAGUGAUUGUUAAUAUGUAAAUUGUAAACAUUGAUAUGAGUAACUGUGGAUCCCCCCCCCCCCGCAAAAAAAUCUGUUUCUCUUCAAUCAAAAGUGCAGUCACUUUCUAUGCAUGUUCUGAUUGUGGGCAUUAGCUCUAACUGAAUGAAAUCUGGUGACUUCACAAAAAUAUUUCCAUGCAAAAACUGUAUUUUCCUCUUCUGUCUGUGCCAGUACUUUCAUGUAAUUUUUGUGAAACUGUUGAAUUUUCCUCAUGUUCCAAUAUUGCAAAACUCUUUGGAGGACUAGAUUUAUUUAUACUGCAUUCCUAAACCCCUGCUAAUGGGGGACUUCUGAGUACAUGUCCAUGAUAUUAUGCUGUUAGAUAUGUACACUUGUAUAGGACAUCAAAUCUUCAUAGAGGCUCUAAAGAAGCUACAAUCUUCCAUUUUAAACUUGAGGCUGUUCUGUAAAUAAUUCCUACAGCAGCCUUUGUUUAUGUGAAUGUUAUGUUAUAUAUGAAAUGUAUAUAGCUAAUGUUUAGCGACAUAUAGAGGUUUCUGAAUUUUGCAAUAUUCUGUAUUCUAGGAUUCACUACUCAGCAGUCUGAGAUUAUUGUGUCUGCUUUAAUAAACAUCAUAAAUAACAACAUGAAUGUGAUAUACAAGGACAUGGUCACAAAAGUGCAACAGGUAUAAAUGAAUGUGGAAAUUUCUUAAAUAUUUAUUGUUAAUUGCUGUUUUAAAAGCUGGAGCAAAAACAAAUCCCUUUGUUGUUAGCAAUUACGAUAUGUCCUUUCUAAUAGUUUGAUAUUACUUCAUUUUCUGUCCAGUGCUAAACCCCCUUACCUUUGCUGCACUACACCCAGUCAGGCAAUAAGAUUCUGACAGCAGUAGCCUGCAGUGACCCUUGGAAAGGGGUGGUUUCAGAGUGGGAUGCCAGCAGCUGUGGAUCCCCUGAGGGGUUUGAUCAUUGGUCUCCUCAGAAACACCAGUGUAUGGUCUGGCUACUGAUGUAAAAAUUUUAAUGCAUGAACUGAAUAGACUGCUUGAGUGCAAGUAACCUGUAGCUUUCUGGAUAGUGUUGGAUUCAAGCUCCAAUCAGCCUCAGCUAGCAUGGACAAUGAUGAGGAACAAUGGACAUCUGAAGGGCCACAGGUUCCCCACCCCUGACCUAGUGCAUUGUGCAUUAUGGUCUAGAUGCUACUGCACAGUAAAAUUUCUACCUUUCCACCCGUAUUAUCCCCAUCCUUCUCUUCCUCUGAACAUUAGUUGGGAAGAAUGGAAAAAACAGGGCUCUUUUUGAGUUUGGUUGGGUGCUGGAUGAACCUUCAGACAGAGCAAAAUUUCUGGAGUACUAGUUGAAAGAUUUGCUGUAGAGGAAAACAUCUUAUUGGCAUUGGUGAUACUAGACUGAAUUAACUUUUUUCUUUUAAAGGAAAUUGCUCUUCAGCAGAUAAUGUCUCAUAUUGGUGGAGUGAAAAAAGACAUGAUUAUUUUGGAAAAGAGUGAAUUUUCAGCACUUCGAGCAGAAAAUGAGGUAAAGGCAAACAUCCUUGGUAAAACAUCCAGGUUUAUUUAUCCAGCAUGCAUUGGAUAAGAUUGUGAACCCCCUCAACCCACAUCUAGCAGUAAGGGGAAAUAUUGUAGUUACUGCAUUUUAAUUAACCUUCGAUUUAGUAAAGAAUUUGGGAUGUUUGGAAGAGGAAAUAUCACAGUAAAAGCAAGAAUAGAAACCAGUUUGUGGAGAUGGCUUUUGAAUUUAACAGGAACAACUUAUUGGGUACAAUGUAGAGAAAGUGAGUUGAACCCAAUCCUUGCAAAUAGGCAAAGUUGUUCACUGAUGUUGGAGAUAUUAUCUUUGGAAUUCCAAAGUCUCCACUUGCUUAGUCCCUCUGUAACAUCAAAACAACCAAUAUGCAUGCAUCAAUAUUUUUGUAUCUUGUACUUAUGUAGUUUUAACAUGUAUUCUCUCUCUUUUUAAUGCAAAAAUAAAAAAGAAAAUAAAACUUCAACUUUACCAGCUAAGAAAGCAAGUAAUGGUAAGAUUUUUUGGACUUGAAUAAUAUAACUACACUGAACAUAGUAUUCUAGUUAACCAUGUCUGAUCUUUCUGUAAGAAGAUAUUUUAAGACUACCACUGCUUUUGAACAAGUGUCAAAGGUGAUGUUCUCGACUAGCUACCUGGUAAUCCAGGAAGAUGCACAAUGCUAGAUUCAGGAUUUUUCUCCUGGGGGACACCUAUGUACAGCAUUAGUCUAGAAAACUGAACCACAUAAAAGACGACUGCAGGGGAUGGGCUUAUGACCCAUCGUAGCUGCUUUCUUUUGAGCCAACAUACGAAAUGGAAAAAAUCUUAUCUGGCUUGCCUGUUAAUCCAAGCUGGAAAAGUUGGGUUCAUAAUACGUGUCUCUCCCUUUGAGACUAACCCAAGCUUCUUUCUGGGCCUGAGGCUGGUGAACUUCAGCAGUAUCUCUAUUUAUAGUGUUUUUAUACUGAUUUUCAGACCAGACCUUUCAGAGCAGUUUACAUAAGGUUUUGAUUGCUGUUUUUAAAGUAUAAUACAACAAAAACAGGAUAAUGGAUCAUAAAAGAACUAAAAGCCUAAUGAAAUGGAUUUUAAAGCGCAAUGAAACAGAGCUAAUUCUCUCAAUACCUAGACGCAUGCAGUCCUGUGGCCUGAGGUUUGGGGUAGUUAUUGUUGAGAGGUAGAGCAUGGCAAUAGCAACCAUCUUUCUUGAGACAAGCAUGUGCAUGAAGGGAUGCCCUUUGGAUGUGCUCCCUUGCCCUCUUUUAGUUCACUUCUUUGUCUUCCUUGCAGUAUUAUUGCUCUGCUCUUGUCACACCACUUUCUUCAGUUAAGUUCUCAAUGUAGCCUGUAUCCCCUUUUGGGGACAAAAUGGUUUUUUCUUGGUAAUGAAAACACUUUAAUUGUAUAAAACAGUGGAAUUUCAUGAACUCCUGUUUAUGUGUAGUAUGUUGUGCAGCUUUUAUGGUGGCAUUGUCGGUUCGUUGGAACCAUUGUUUAGGUGUUAAUCUAUAAAAUACCAUCUCACUGAGCUGAACCAUUUAUAGCUGCUAAAUAAGUAACUCGCUGACUGGUGUUUCUGUAACUGAGGUAACAGGAAGUUGUAUAAUAGCUGCAGUCACUGUGUUUUGAGCUCAGAAUUAUGGCAGCUAAUUUUUAAAGUUGGAUGACUUUUUGUUAGAUAGACCCUGACUAGCUGUAUUGAUACCAGGAUCUAGAGUCACCCAUAAUCUUUAUAAACAUUUGAGUAUAGUUCCCAGUUAGGCACUUUUGCUGUCCUUGGUAUUGUGGGAGUUCAGUUGCAGAAAGAGCUUGGUAGGGCUGAAUUCCCCCCUGCUCCCAAACGUCUGAAAUAAACCAGUGUAGGCAAUGAUGGACAGCUGAAAGCAGUAGUGCUUUACUUAAGAAAUUAAGAAUUUGUAUGUCUAUUUAUUGUUUAAUCAUUCUGUAGGAUGAAGUUUCCAAAGUUCGUACAGACAGCAAGCUAGAUUUCAACUUGGAAAAGAGCAGAACAAAAGAAUUGGUAUGUAGUCUUUCUUUAAGAUUUAUUUAUGUAUUAUAUUUAUGUCCCAUUUUUUCCACCAAGGAGCUCAAAGGAGGUGUACAUGGUCACCUCCUUGCACACAUUUUAUCUUCACAACAACCCUGUGAGGUAGGGUUAGGGUGACAGCAAUUGACCCAAGGUCACCCAGUCAGCUUCAUGGCUAAGUAGGAAUUUGAACCCUGGUCUCCCAGGUCAUAGUCCAACACUAACCAUUACACCACACUGGUUGUUCAGAAACUGUCAUGCUGUAUAGUUUAACUUUAGGCAAAGUAUUAUUUUUAAUCUGUUAGCCUUUUUGCCUUAAGAAUUACAGCAGUCAUCUGUGGGAAUGGUGGUGUAGUGUAGAGUGAUUAGACAUAAUGCUGGAUUUAAAACAAGAUUCGUUUGUAGAAUGUCAAUCUCUAGCAAAAUAUUUUAAAAAAUUGAUGUGUUUACACUUUAGGAUCUUGAUGAGUGUUUCGUAACACUGAACUCUGUCAGUACUGCAUUUUUUUUAUAAGAAAACUUGUCUUUUGCCAUCCUGUAAAUGCUUCAUAACAAGCAACGUCCAAAAAUAACCUCUGGCACGUAUUGAGGAGCAUUUGUAAUUCAUUGUAGGUUUGUAAGCGUUGAAUGUUAAAUCUCAACAGCUGAUAUUUUGGGUGAUGGUUAACUUGCUAUGUUUGCAUGGCCAUCACAUGGGGGUAGAGAAGCACACACAGGGUCAAAUGCAUCCUUCCAGACCUCUUCAUCUGGCCCAUUGAACUCUGUCCAGACAAUGCCCCUCUUCUCCCCCCGCCCUCCGCCAUAUCUCUCAUCAGCAACCCUCCUCAAGUACUUUUGCCUGGCUAGAUUGUGUCCUUUAACUUUAGGUCUUCUUGCUUCUCUGGAUGGAGGUGUGUGUAAAUAUAAACUUCGGAUUUUUGUACAGCUGGGAGGUAGCUUACUGUAUAAAAAAGCAAAACACCUGUUGCCCUGCCCGCUUUUGCCUUUGGCCAUGCCACCUUUGUCAUGUGAGUCCUGGAAGGUUUGCAACAAGGGAACAUGGUCCUUGCUCUGGAAAAGGUUAUCUACCCCGACACAAAAGAAUCAGAGAAUUGUAGAGUUGGAAGGGACCCUAAGGAUCAUCUAGUCGAACCCCCUGCAAUGCAGGAAUAUGCAGCUGAGCCAUACAGAGAUCAAAUCUACAACCUUGGCAUUAUCAGCACCAUGCUCUAACCAACUGAGCUAUAUUGCAAUGAGCAGUAGAAGUUGUUUCAGUAAUACUGGAAGGUGGGUUAACAUUCAUAGAUGCGCAUGAAUGAAAGGUGUUGGUUAUUUUACACGGAAGGUAAUCCAUUGUUCUUAAAUUUCAGUAUUCGCUUAAUGAGAGGAAACAGUUGAAAAUGAGAACAGAAGUAGUGGAAUUGGUAAGAACGAUGAACUUAAUGCUCGAUCCGGGUAAUAGUCCUCUUCACAUCUGUUGUAUAGGCUUACAUGCAUACCACCAUUAUGGGAAUGGCAUUUAAAUAUCCAUGUGGUAGAAGUAGAAAUAAGUGCAAAAUGGCAGUUAACUGGUGCUUAAAGUUCGAUAUUGAAUCGCUAUUAAAACCAUGUAAGCACAAUGGGUUGAAUCAAGCGCUGCUGGUAUGUGAGCAGAAUGGACUUCUCCUAGGUCUAUGCUGGAUUCAACUCAAUAUGAAACAUGAAGCUUAGAUGGGUUUGAAGCAUGCAAAACUGGAAGAUUAAUUUUAUGCACAGUCAGCCUUAAUUUUUUUGUAUAUUUCAGAAUUUUGGAUUUGGACAAAUAUCUUAAGUAUUUGCUUGUGAAUUAAGCCCAGUAAGUUAGUGCAGUACUGUACAUGUUCAAGUAUAUUUUAACUCACCAGAUUAAUUCAUAAUACAAACAUACUAUAUUUUUCCUUCUAUAAGACGCCCCCAUGUAUAAGAUGCCCCCUAUUUUGGGGGACUCCAAUUUAAGAAAAUGGGGGGAGAUGGCCCCCAUGUAUAAGACGCCCCCAAAUUUUGGACAUUGUUUUUUAAGAAAAAAAAUCUAGUCUUAUACACGGAAAUACGGCAUAUCCACUAGCAAUAUGAAUGAAAACCUCACAGAUUUUUGAGAGUUUCUAGUAAAAAAUAUUUGAAGUGAAUGUGGCUAGUCCCCUAACUACACACUUACCCUGAAUUCUAUAAAUGAUCCCAAUGAAAUAUAUAAUUAUUUGAAGUAGCCAUGUUUGAGAUAUGAAUAGAGAAAAAGCAUAAGCCAUCUGGUGUGCUUCUGUUGUCAGUGGCUUAGCCUCAAUGCGCUGUUUACAAUUCUAACUUUUUCCUCUUGGGAGCUACCUGUAGCCUGAAUAACACCACCAUCGUUCCUUUUGCAUUUACUGAGCCUUUGGGGGCAUAUAGAAGGAGGCAUAAUUGCAGAUAGUGUGCUUUACUUGGCACUGUCUCUGUUUGAACAUGAGAUGCUUUAAGUAUGUGGAAAGGGUGCUUUUAUGUGUGUGAAAAUAAAUCAAAUUGGGCUUGUUUCUGCUUGUUCAGUAUUUGUGUGUAGGAAGCAUUUAUUGCAAUCAAACUAGCCAACAAGGAAAAUUAAAAAAAAAACAUUUUUUCUUUAAAAAUAUAAGCAUGCAGGUUCAGUUUUAAUUACAUUUACUCUGAAGUAUGUCCCAUUUGAGAUUAAAAGAGAUUACGUCCAAAACAAAUGACUUAAAAUUGCAGCCAUAAAUAAAUGAUCUACUGCAUCUGUUUCAGACAGAAGGUGAGAUUUGCCUAAGGUGCCCCGCCAGUGGAAGCUGUGCACACAAACUUACACAGCAGGGUUUCCCCACUUCUCCUCCUGCAUUCCCUUCCCCCCAAAAAAUUGGCUUCCAGGGAUUGAGAGAACCCCUAGAACAGUGUAAAAGGAAGGGUGAAAGCACGAAUGCUUGUGCAGAUGAAACAUUCAUAAAAGUGUAACCUUUAAACCUGCCCAGAGAAUCUUUUUUCAGCUCAGCUUGGAGAUAGUGGAGGUUGAAGCGGGGGCAUUUCCCCAUGUGUAACAUGCACCUCCAUCCAUCAGCUACAGCCCUUCCCCUUAAAAAGUGCUCUUGCUAUAACAGCAACAUUCACAUUGGGGUGGGGGUGUUACUCCAUCCAUAUAUAGAAACAUUUUAACUGCUUAGGUUCUUAUUUUGUUUUUUGGGUAUUCUCCGAGAAAGCUAAUUGGAUGAUACUACUAGGUUAGGCACACAAGCUAUAUAGUGGAGCAGGGGGAGCCUCUGACCCAUUGGCUAAAGAUACUCUGCCAUACUGGACUUUCCCUGGCUCACAGUCCUCAGUGGUCCUGUUCUAACUAUCAUGCUGGCAAAACAGUGUGUGUUAUCCCUGUUUUGUGAGGCCAGUCAGCUUCAGUGUUGAGUGGUAGAAGUGGCUUCACUCCUGCAGUGGCAUCUGCAGAUCACAUUGGUAAAGCAACGGCAGAGUGAUUUGCUCUUGCUUUGCUGGCCUGAUUGCCUAUUGCUUCCAUCCCGCAAGGUGAGAUAUAAAUCCUGUUUCUUACUGCACAGCAUGGAAGUGAGGUUUGUGUGUGCAUUAUAGUUUUAGCAGAAGUGACUUUUUAAGCUAAUUCCCAAGUGGAAUGGAGAGAAUCUAUCAAUAAGUGUCCAACCAUAAUAUAAUGUUGGACACAAGCAACUGGCAGAGUAUUGCAGAAAAUAAAAACCUUGCCUUCAUCAGAAAAAAGAGCUUUGGGGAGGGGGAAAUUGCAGAAGCAGCCCAAAGACGACUGAGCAUGUUUAGUGGGCAUUGAAUACUGCCUGCAUGUUGGGGAGAGGGAACAGAAGAUCAUGGUGAGAGAGAGUGCAAUGGAGGAGCUGGAAUGCUGAAGGGGGAGCAACAUUUUGUUGGAUGGUCUCACUCUGUUUAAAGUUACAGUACUGUAUUGCUUUUUAGAGAUGUGAAUAUAGUGUUUAAACUAUUGAGAUAUUGUUCCCUUUUUCCUUUUUCAAAGCAUGCACAACAGGAUAGAGCUUUAACACAGACGUACAGGAAAAUAGACACUGAAGUUGCAGGCCUGAAAACAAUGCUUGAAUCGCACAAACUUGACACCAUUAAAUAUUUAGCAGGUAUGUAGUUCUGUCAUGGUGCAGAUGCUUAGUAACUGUCUCAGUUGUCUGGUACUCAUAUGCACGUGUUUCAUAUUCUUUGUAUCAAGUGUGACGGCUUUUGGUGCCUAAGAGUUACUAAUUAUCUAUUGGAGUUGUAUCCAUUGAUUUUAGAACAUGGAUACCUCUUGUUAGUAUCUGGAUAUUAGCAUUUUUUGCUGCUGUUGUGUGCAGCUGGAAAGCUUGGAAAGCCAACACCACGCUGACCCUUUUAAUUUUCUUUCCACACUAGUGCAAGGAAAAGUCCAGGGUGGGGGCACACACAUAAGAGCAGGCACAGCAAGCCCCGGGACUCUUUUGCCAGGGGCACGUGCCCCAUCUCGCCCCUGCCCCCUUGAUCCAGCCUGAAUCAUGCAAAUCCUAUCGGUUUCCAUGUUGUCUAACAGUGCAGGCAAGAUCCAAGUAAAAUGAUUAAGUGUUAAAAAUACUUUUCUUUACCCAGACUUUCAUUUUCAAAAGGAUUAAAAUCUGACAAUAUGCAUUCUUUCUUCUCCACCCUUAUUUUCUUCCAGGUUCAGUAUUUACAUGCCUUACAGUCGCACUGGGGUUUUACCGUUUAUGGAUAUAACAAAGCAUCCCUCUUGAAAGGACUUGUACUGUCUUGCCUUACCAAAAAAACAACAACAACACAACCCUACGAAGAAGUAUUGUCACUUUAUUGAAAUAAUGUAGUCUUUACUUCAGAGUCACUGCCAUUCUAUUUAUUUGUUUAUAGACUACAGAAUGUAGCCAAAGAGUGUGCCUCAAAACAAAUGUAAGUACUGAAAUACUGAUAGAAACAUAGCCUGGAAUCACAGGCAACUGUAUUUUGCACAUCACAGCCCACUCAUCUAAAUUUUUGUGUGUCUCUGGGCUAUUGUAAAACUAAAAUGUCAGGUUAUAAACAUAUCAAGCAUGAUAAGUUAUAGUAGAAUGUACUAGGGUUUUAUAUGUCAAGUACCAAGGGAGGGAAAAAAUACAAGCAUUCUUUUUGACACCAUUCCUUCAGAGGUGAAAAAUUAUUUAAUUAAAUUGCAAGUUAUCUUUCCACUAGUGAUGAUAAAACACUAUGGGUGGAAUUCAACAUCAUACUUUUCCAAUCGUUCUAUCUGCGCAAUUGUUCCAGUCUGCCAGAUGGAACAGUGACUCCCCCUAUGCACCCCACACACUUACGGUUUGGGAAUUCUCCUGGUCUUCCCAGAACCAAUUUUGGGGAUCACAGGGAGAGGGGGGCAAAGCCCCGUUGUGCAAACAAAAAUCCUUGCACAGGGCUUCCACAGAUGGGGUUGGUUAGUUGAAUCGCACCCAUUGUAAAUAUUUUAUUGUACUUUAAUAGAUUGGCAGGUUUUAUUGUGGUCUGCUGUUGUAAAAUUCCGUCCAAAUAAUAAUGUUUUACGAGCAGAUGUAGAAAUAUCAUGUUCAUAAGCAAAUGCCAAAGAAACGAUAGACUAGAAACCACCACAUGCUAGCCAUUACCUUGAUAUAAAAGUGGAAAAAAUAAAGCUCACUGAGAUACAUGAGCUUUUUAUAUAGGCACUGAAAAUUUCUUGGUUAAUAGAAGAGAGUGACCUCCAUUCAAAAAUUUAGGAAAAAUAAGGUAGAGUUCAUUGAGGGAAAAUAAGAAGCAGAUAGUGCAGUCUUAUACAUAUCUACUUAAAACCACUUAGAAGGCAUUUUGGCAAGUAAGCAGUGUAUAAAGUAGUGAUAAUCAUAUUAAUAGUAAGUUCUGUUGAGGUCAGUGGAGCAUGAAAGCAAACUCAGAUGCAGCUCAGUAGUAGGAAAAUUCACUAGAAUGAUUGUCUUAUUUUGUGAGGUAUCUUGAACAGUUUGAAAAUAUUAAUAAGUACUUCCUAGUGUUGCUAUUAUUGAGGAUUAUCUAUGUGUAGACUAAUGGCUGAUGAAUGUAACCUUCUUUUUUUUUAGAGCAAGCCAUUCUAAAUAAUAAAAAAAUUGUAGUAGAACUGGGAAUUGCAGCUAGAACACAUUUUUUAGGUCACAGUUCUCAAAUACUUACCUGAAAAUUAGUUCCACUGAGAUUAGGAGAACGGACUUGCGUAUAAUUGCUCUGACCCAGAAACGCUUGUGUAUAAACUGCCUGCAGAGACUGCCAGAAUUUUUUGAAAGUUGGUUUAGCGAGGAAAGCAACUAAAAAUAUGAUUAAUAAUAAUAAUUCAGUGCUCUGGUAACCUUAGUGUUAGAUUACUGCAAUGCGUUAUAUGUAGGGCUGCUUCUGAAAAUGGUUUGGAAACUUCAGUUAGUGCAGAAUUCAGCAGCCAGGUUGCUCACCGGGGCAAGACGGCUUGAGCAUAUUGCUCUGAUCCAGGUCCAACUGCAUUGGCUACCAAUUAGUUUCUGGGCCCAAGUCCUGAUUUUGACCUAUAAAGCCUUAAACGGCUCAGGACCGCAAUACCUCAAGGACCGCCUCCUUCCAUAUUAACCUACCUGGACCCUGAGAUCAGCUUCUGAAGCCCUUCUUCAUGUGCAUUCUCCAUGAGAGAUCCAGAGGAUGGAAACACGCAAAUGGGCCUUUUCUGCAGUGGCUCCCCAUUUGUGGAAUGCUCUCCCUAGGGAGGUUCGCCUGGUGCCUUCAUUAUACACCUUUAGGGGCCAGGCCGAAACUUUCCUCUUUAACCAGACUUGGGGUGACUGACAUUCAGUGCCCUUUAAAAAUGUGUUUUUUGGGGGGGGUAGUUAUUGGGUUGUUUUUGUUUUUAUUUUGAUUCUAUGUUUUUAUAUUGUGAUUUUAGCCUACGAACCACCCUGAGACCUGCGGGUAUAGGGCAGCAUAAAAAUUUAAUAAAAUAACAAUAACAACAAUAAUACAGAAUAGAUACAUCCCCGAACAGAAGGAAAUACAUGGAAUGGGCCGUAAGAGUUUGCUGGAGUAAGCACUUAGUGUUCUUCUUCAGACUUUCUGUAGUGGCACCUCCCAAUACCACUCAUUUUCUAUGCUUAACCAUCCCCAUUUCAGUGACUGAAAUGUUAGUACUGCCUCCAGAAAGAGUUUAAGUCACAUACUUAGUUUGCUUCAAUACAUGCCCCCCCCCCGUUUAGUUACUGUAUAGCAACCAAGCAGGAUUUGCUAAAUAAUACGAGUGAAUAUUCAACAUGCCAAAAAAGUAAGCACUGAAGAUAUUGACCUCUUUUUUGUUGUUGCCAAUAUGCUGCAUGCACAAUGUUUUUUUUUAAAGAAUUACAUAACUGCAACCUGAUCCAAAGCCUCUUUAUAUUGUAAGCUGAUAUAUUGUACAAGCACUUGCAACUAAAUUCCAUCUAAUAUAAACCAGUGGCAAAGAAUAUUUUGUAAACAGAUAUCUUCCUGGACCAAGAUACCCUAAAAAGCUUACUUGGUUAUAGUUUAGUUCUAGUUAAUAUAAAUCCUUCAUAUUUAAGCUUAACAGUACCUAUGAUCCUGUAUGUAGCUGUUUAGAAUUAUAUCCCAUUGAUUUCAGUGGAAUGUACUUUUGAGCAAGAUGUUUAAAAUCACACCCUGAUGUCCCAUGGAAGUUUGGGGAUUUUGUGAGACCUAAUUCCAAGUAACCAUGUUUAACACUGGGCUCUACAUUGAUUUUUAGAAUACUGUACUGAAUUACAUUAGAAGCUUACUUUGGUAUAGAGGGGUGGGGGAGAUUAAUAUUUUUAUCUUUGACACUGUCUUGGUGUAUGUAUGUGUUAGAUGACUGCAUCGUGUUUAUUUUCUUUCAGAACCUUGUGAUCCCAAGUAAGCAUUGAGGUUCUGAGAUAUAAAUGGGGAUGGAAGGAUAACAGUUUAUUGCUUCAUUGGCAUUUUUAAUGAGAUCCUCUGUGCUUUCCCGCUCCUUUUCUAUACUUUGCUUUCUGUGCUGAUGCUAAAGCACCUUAAUCCACAUAGACCCAAAAAGUUUAUUUGUUUGGAUAAUCAACUUAGGUUGCUUCUUUUCUCUGUUUAUUUAAACAAGCUUUAUUGCAAGCAAAGAUCCAGCUACCAAGCCCUGAUGUAUUGUUUCUUACUUUCCAACAUGGUGUGUAAGGUUCAUGUGUGAAAACCACAGGUUUAGUAAACAGAUGUUUAAUGGUUAAACCUGUGUUUUGAGAAUUAUACUACAUAUAUAUAUAGAGAGAGAGAGAGAGACAAAGGUUAGAAACAUGGAUUGACUUAAUGCCAGAAUAUUUCUUUGUGAAAUAAACUUUUAAACAUGAAUAUAUUAUUCAGGAUAAUGUGGUAUUUUUCCUUAGUAUUAUAUACUGUCUGUAUCUUCCCCAACUUAGUGCCCUUCAGAUCGUUUGGAUUACAGUAUCCAUCAGACCCAGUCAACAUCUCCAAUAGUUAUAGGAAUGACAGAUUUUUUUUUGUCCAAUCCAAUCCACUUUUAUUGUACUAGCCAUUGGCCAUGACAAAUCUGAAUCAAAAAUAAUUACCAGGAAAGGGAUGCCUCACCAAAAUAUCUGGAGGACACCAGGUUGGGAAAGGCUGGACUUGAUUUAAUUUUGAAAUUUAAAUUCCUUGUAUCUAUAUCUCCAUAGAAUUCUCAUCACUUUGUGUGCAUAAUGUAGGUUUACAUACUUUUGCUGUGGUGAAAUCUAUAAAGUUGAUUUCUAUUCCUCUUUAAUGCAUAUGUUCAUUUUAGGAGAGCAAAGCAAAGAAAUUUUUUUUUUUAACCCAAGCCUUUUAACUUCCCAUUUAAAUUUUCAGUACAAACUAUUAAUUUGUCUCAGUUGUGGGGCAGCUGAGAGAUGCCGUGGAAAUGUGAUGUUGAAGUCUUUCCCCAACUCUGGUGCUCACAGUUAACCUAGGAAAAAUAGCGCCCCUCCAGAAAGGGCAGAUAGACUAAUUGCCAUUUGGUGUGGAGCUUCUUACUUAGCGCUCCAGUUUUAUCUCUUUGUGUUCCAUUUGUGCUCCAGGUUUAUCUUUUUGCUCAGAUGCAAGAACUGCAGAGGGGCUGGAGCAAGAGUAAUGAAUGCAAAUUGUGCAAGAUCUGAUCUGGCAGAUCCUAUCUAUGGUCAAUUUUAGUUCAAUUGAAUUAAAGCACAUGGUGGGAUAUGAAAGUUUUUCUGAAAAACUGAAGCAUUGGAAAUUGCAAUAGAUAAAAGUAAGGAUCAAAUUUUCCAAACUGGUUAACUUGUUGGCUCAGUAGUGAAGCAAGGCAGACAUGGGGAACCUGUGUCCUUCAGAUGUUGAUGGACUUCAACAACUCCAGCCAGCAUAGUGACUGGUCAGGGAUUACCAAGCCCUAGAGUAAGAUGUAUAACUGAAUAGUGUAUUCAAACAUAUUGAAUAUUGUGCAGUGCUGUAUGUACAUUAUUACUCUGUUGACCUAUUACUUGCAUUUUCCAUAGUAACACUGAAGACAGGAAUGCCUGA